CAUCAAUGUUCCAGCUAUCAUUUGGUUUAACAAGAACAUUUUGGGUGUGUUUAGUUGGUGAAAAAAUUUGGGUUUCGGUACUGUAGCAUAUUUUGUUGUUAUUUGACAAAUAAUAUUCAAUUAUGGACUAAUUAGGUUUAAAAGAUUCAGCUCGUGCUAAUCAGUUAGACUGUGUAAUUAGUUAUUUUUUAACUAUAUUUAAUGCUUUAUAUAUGUGUCCGAAGAUUCGAUGUAAUAGAUACUGUGUAAAUUUUUUUUGGGAAGUAAACAUGACCUUUGUGUGGUGAUCGGGUGGAGAUAUACCAGCCGAUGCUAUGCUAUGAGAGCUGAGAGCCCCUUGGAGGUCUGGCAGGUGGGCCGGGCAGUAAAGGAUGACAGACAGGUGGGCCCUAGCCUUCCCAUGGCCGUUGCCCUUCAAAGGACGGGUGGGUGGGGAGAUAAAAUAAAAUUCGAAAUGCUCGUCUUGUCGGGCCGGCCGCCACUGAAAUCCUCCACAAAUGGCCGCCGCAGACGCAGAGCAGGAGAAGGAGCUCCUCUCGUCGGUGGUGGGUGACAUCCGGAGCUACUCCGGCUCCGACCCCCUCCGCCCAUGGCUCCGGGGCAUGCGGAAGAUGGAGCGGGCGCUUCCGCCGGCGACGCUGCGGGAGAAGCUGCCCAGGUUCCUCCAGAAGUGCGCCCAGGAGUUCCAGGACGACGCACGCUACCGCGACGAUCCCCGCUACCUCCGCGUCUGGAUCCAGCUGAUGGACUACGUGGCGGAUGCGAAGCCAUUGCUCAAGAAGAUGGAGAGAAAUCGAAUUGGCCUUAAGAGAGCUUCAUUUUAUAUGGCUUAUGCACUAUAUUAUGAGAAGCACAAGAGGUUCAGCGAUGCAGACAAGAUGUACAAUCUGGGGAUCCAGAACCUGGCAGAGCCUAUCAGUGAGUUGCACAAAGCACAUGAACAGUUUAUUCUUCGAAUGGAAUCAUACAAGAGGAGGAAAGAUAAACUGCAGGAAAGAAUACCUACAAAAGCUGAUCCAAGUGCUAAAAUGCCUGCGAAAGCUGGGCCUAGUGCUACAUCUAUGAACCAAGUUGAAGGUGAAAGCAGAAACAGUAAACAACUGAAAUCCAAUUCAACUCAGAAGUCAGGAAGCAGUUCUACUUCAUUAGGCUGUUAUCCUCCAUUAGGUCCAGCUAAAGUUUGUAUGCUAUCCAGAGGCAACUCAGGAGCAAACAACAAUUUGUCCCGUUGUAAUAGCGAUGAUACUGUAGUUGUAAAGUUUGUAGGCUCUGCAUUGGUUGGGAAGUCAGAAGCUGAAGAUGCCUGCCAUCAUGGCCUAGUUGAACCAACUAUAAACACUAAGGAGGCUAUGGAUGCCAUCAAUAGCAUGUUUUUGGAGCCAGUUGAACCUGAGACGACGCUCAAGAGACGCUCAAAGCAUGAAAAGACAAAUUCUAAUCAGCAAAAAAGUGCAUUUGACAUCUUUGUUGAUGAAGAUGAACCUAAAUAUAAUGAACCAAAGAUGGUCCACAGCAAUAGCAUGAAGCAAGAGCAUCCAAAGUUUGGUCAGCAAACAAGAGGGUUUGAGAUCUUUAUUGAUGAAGAUAGUACAAAUGGCAAAAACCAAAAUACGGGGCAGAACAAGAACUCUAAGAAGGAAAACAUGAAGUCAAAUCAGGAAACUAGUGGGUUCGAAAUCUUUGUUGAUGAAAAUGAGGCUAACUGCAAUGUACAGAAUGUCAUGUGCCACAAGAAUAAUAGAUGUCCUCCAAGACCAUUGCAUGAUUCAUCUAGACAUAAAGGCCAAAAUGACUUUCAGAAGCCAUUUGUUGGAGGAUUUGCAAUAUUGCCAGAUGAAGAAGAAGAACAAUGUGAGAAAAGUGAUGAUGAUGUCAAGACAAACUCUAGAACUGUGCAGCCUACUCAUGAUAAUAAUAGUUUGCACUGUCGGGUUCAAGCUGACUCAGGAACACGAUAUCAUGAACGUCCUCGCCCUGCAAGUUCUGGGCUUCAAGAGGACACAGUUAUUCAUAGGUUUGUUGGAUCCACUAUUGAUGAUGAGGCUAAGGUAGAAAAUGCAUGCCACCAUGGAUUAGUCGAUCCAACUGUCAAUCUAAAGGAGGCUAUGGAUGAUAUAAACAACAUGUUUGGGAAACCACUAAACUUCCAGGGUGAGAGAACAAAGAGAAAAACCAACACACUGUCAGAUAGAAAAGCAGCUCCAGUUUCAGGUUUCUCCAUAUUAGCUGAUGAUGACCCAAAAGAGAGCACCUGCAAAGCCAGUCAGAGCAAUUCCUGCAAAUUUGGGGAUGAGAAUGGUCUAUUUGAGCCCACAAUCACCACUCGUGAUGUCAUGGCGGAGAUCAACGAUAUGUUUGGGAUGCCACUAGACUAGACUUCUAAGAUAUUUGUUCAGAGUGAACUGAAUAACUCAAUUGAGAGUCAGACAAUUGCCUUCGCCUUUUUGCUCUUCCCUUGAGAAAUAUGCAGUGUACUCGUGUAUUGCUGAUAUGAACUAUGAAGAGAGCUUGGAAUCAAUCGCCUUAUUUGGUACACAUAUGGUGAAUAUUACAGCAGAUGUUAGGACCUAUGUGAUUCAGGGGGCGGAGAACUGGUGAAGAUGCAUUGCUUCUGCUGGAGUUGUCGCUGUCUCGCUGAUAUACUUUAUCUUCUCGAGAGCAGGGCAUAGAUAGCAUCCACAUCUUGUAAGCAUCAACAGAGAGAUCCCUGUUGCACUGUCAUAUAAUGCCGCUAUAGUGACAUCGCCACAUUGGCUCGAGGCUCAAUUUUUUCAUGCUGAAAAAGCCGAGACUCGUGUAUUUGUUGGAAAUUGAAGCAGGCAUGAGUACGUAUGCUGCUCUGAUCAUCUGAUGCUUAUAAAAAACCCACUUUCUGAUAUCCAA